AUGCUUGACGCCAAAGUCCUAGAAGUCCCCGCUGUGAUAUUUGACAAUGGUUCUGGACUGUGCAAGGCAGGCAUUGCUGGGGAUAAUGUCCCCCGGUCAGUCAUCACCGCCAUCGUUGGCCGCUCCAAAGCCAAAGCCACCAUGUUGGGAGCUGGACAGAAGGAGUAUUAUGUAGGAGAAGAGGCACAGUCCAAGCGAGGGGUGCUGUCCUUGAACUAUCCCAUCAAUCAUGGCAUAGUGACUUCCUGGGAUGACAUGGAACAUAUCUGGAGGCAUGUCUAUGAGUGCGAGCUAAGAGUCCAGGCCAACGAGCACCCGGUCCUGCUGACAGAGGCUCCACUCAACCCUCUGCAGAACCGAGAAAAAAUGACAGAGAUUAUGUUUGAAAGCUUCAAGGUGCCCGCUAUGUACGUGGGGGUCCAAGCGACGCUGGCCCUCUAUGCCUCAGCUCGGACCACAGGGAUAGUCAUGGACAGUGGAGAUGGGGUCACCCACACCGUACCCAUCUACGAGGGCUACUGCUUGCCCCACGCAGUUUCCCGACUCGAUGUUGCGGGCCGGGACAUCACCGAGUACCUCAUGAGACUUCUGUUGGAAAGUGGACAUUCCUUUGUGAGCACUGCCGAGAGAGAGAUAGUGAAAGACAUUAAGGAGAGACUGUGCUACGUGACCUUCGACCCCAUCCAAGCCAUGAAAAUUAAGUCAGAAGAAAUCCUCAAAGAGUAUAAGUUGCCGGAUGGGAACAUUAUCAAGAUUGGCAACCAGCUCUUCAGAGCCCCUGAGACCCUGUUUAUGCCAGCGAACAUAGGUGUUGAAGCUCCCGGGGUCCACAAGAUGCUCUUUAACAGUAUUCGAAAAUGUGAGAUUGAUGUUCGGAAAAAUCUUUACAGUAACAUCUUGCUUUCUGGAGGUUCCACACUCUUCCAAGGUCUGGAUGAGCGGAUUCUGAAAGAGAUCCAGCUCCAGGCUCCUGAGGGAAUCUCGGUCAGGAUCAUCGCCCCACCAGAACGAAAGUAUUGUGUGUGGAUCGGGGCUUCCAUCCUCACGUCACUCACAUCUUUCAAACACAUGUGGAUCACUUCUACGGACUACAAGGAGUUUGGCCCCACCAUGGUUCACCGGAAAUGUUUCUAA